AUGGCUUCAUUUACAUCUGCCCCACGAUUAACUGAAAAUAGCCCAUAUCAAGUGUCAACUGUAAAUGAAAGAACAAGUUCUGCUCAUACUAGUUCUUCACAGGAGCGAACUCAAACAUCAAUAGAACCAUCUUCUUUUAAUAUACGACGACCUUCCAAAACACCUCCUCCACCUCAAUUACCUCUUUUGCAAUCAUCUGUUUCUAAUUCACCUUCUUAUGCAAGACAAAGAACACCUGUUGCUGAAAGUUCACCUGCAAAUGCAACAACUAAUCCUGAUGUUGCAUCUAUUACAACUAAUAAUUCUAACACUAUAAAUGGGUCUGGUAUCGUAAAUGCAGGUACAAAUGCUUCUAAUGGUUAUCGACCUUUAAAUGUAAAAGAUGCUUUAACUUAUUUGGAUCAAGUGAAAAUGAAAUUUUCCGAAAAACCUGAAGUUUACAAUCGAUUCUUGGAUAUUAUGAAAGAGUUUAAAAGUCAAGCUAUUGAUACCCCAGGUGUUAUUGAGCGUGUAUCUACUUUAUUUAAAGGCCAUCCAAGUUUAAUAUCAGGAUUUAAUACAUUUUUACCUCCUGGAUAUCGUAUUGAAUGUUCAACAGAUGCUUAUUCAAGAGAUAUUAUUAAAGUGACUACACCAAGUGGCGUAUCGAGUACAACACACGGAGAACCGCUUAAUUUACAACAAUCAGAAACCUCAAAUCGCUACUAUUCUUCUAAACUUCAAAAUUCUACCACUGUUUCAACAGAUGAGAAUCGAACACGUCGUGCACCAGUUGAAUUUAAUCACGCUAUUAAUUAUGUAAACAAAAUCAAAACACGAUUUGCGAAUAAUCCAGAUACAUAUAAACAAUUCCUUGAAAUCCUACAAACCUAUCAAAAGGAACAAAAAUCGAUUCAAGAAGUCUAUUCUCAAGUCCAGAUCUUAUUCGAUGGCGCCACUGAUCUUUUAGCUGAAUUUAAACAAUUUUUACCUGAUACUACUGCACAACCUCUUCAACUCUCCCCGCAUCAUUAUCCUCCUCUUACAGAACAAAAGGGGACUAAAAUAAAAAAGAGGUCAUUCAUAGGACUGCCUAAACAAAAGAGAAACAAGACACACCAUUUGCUAGAUAGUAGUAGUAGUAAGGAGGAGGAUGGACCGGUGAUCUCUGUGGUAGAGUCUGAAUUUUUCGAUCGAGUUAAAAAAUAUAUUGGAAAUAGACAAACCUAUUAUUCUUUUUUACGUGUAUUAAACUUAUUUAGUCAACAAAUAUUAGAUACAAAUGCCCUAAUCGAACGCUGCGAAUCAUUUUUAGGCGGACAAAAGGAAUUAUUUGAUCAAUUAAAAAGAUUAGUGGGUUAUGAUGGAAAAAAUCAUAUUAUUGAAAAUGUACCUAUUGCACCAAAGACUGAUUAUGGUAUCUCUGUUCAAUAUGGUCCUAGUUAUCGAUCUGUUCCUAAAUCAGGGCAAACUCAAAACUGUUCUGGUAGAGAUGCACUUUGUUGGGAAGUGCUGAAUGAUGAAUUUAUUUCACAUCCUACUUGGGCAAGUGAAGAUAGUGGAUUUAUUGCAUCAAAGAAGAAUAUAUAUGAAGAGGCUUUACAUCGUGUUGAAGAAGAAAGAUAUGAUUAUGAUAUAAAUAUUGAAGCUAAUUUAAAUACAAUUUCAUUAUUGGAACCUAUUGCAAAAAAGAUUGCAACUAUGAUGGAAGAUGAAAAGAUCAACUUUAAACUUUCUCCCGGUUUAGGAGGUCCUUCAAAAACAAUUUAUCAACGUAUUAUUAAAAAGAUUUAUGGUAAGGUGCAAGGUGCUGAAAUCAUUGAUAUGUUACAUAAUCAUCCAGCACAGACAGUCCCUGUUGUCUUAAAGCGUCUUAGACAAAAAGAUGAAGAAUGGAGACGGUCUCAGCGAGAAUGGAAUAAAGUAUGGAGAGAGGUGGAAAUUAAGAAUUAUUACAAAGCAUUAGAUUAUCAAGGAAUUGUUUUUAAAACCAAUGAUCGUAAAAUGAUGUCUGUUAAAUAUCUUGUUAAUCAAAUCGAGGCACUUCGUUUGGAUCAAAUAAAUGAUGAAAAUCAGUUGGGCAAUAUGGAACCUCAGCUUAUAUAUGAAUUUAAGAGCAAGAAAGUCUUUAAGGAUGUCACUCGUGUAUUAUAUAGUUAUUUUGAUCGCCAGACUUUAUAUGGUCAUGAAGAUUGUGAAAUUAUGAAAGCAUUUAUUGAAAUGUUCUUACCCAUCUUUUUCGAUGUUCCUGAUGUCCUUCCUGAGCCAAAACAGGAUUCAGUUACAGAUAUCAGUUUAGAAGAAGAAGAAGAAGAAGAAGGAAGAGGAGGAGGGGAGGAGGAGGAAAGAGAAGAUAUAGAUGGAAAUGAAACGAUGGAAGACGAAGAUGAAGAAGAUAAUGAUACCCAAAACUCUUACGAUUCAACUGAUACAUCACUGAAGAAACAAAAAAUAAUUGUAAAAGAGGAUAAUAAUGAAGAAGAAGAAGAAAUGAUGGAUCCUCACAAAGAGCAAAAGAUUUAUAAUUUCUUUGGUAAUCCUACUUUUUACUGUUUUUUCCGUUUAUUCCAGAUGUGUUAUGAGCGAUUAUACAAGAUGAAACAAAUUGAUCGUGAUUAUAGAUACAAUGGUGAAAAAGCAAAACUGAUGACUAAAGCAGCUCUUGAAUUAAAUAUUACAAGCGCAACAUUUAAUUCUAUCAAGAUGGAUUUCAAAACAGGAUAUUACAAGACUUUACUUGAUUUAAUUGACAAAUUUUUUGAUGAUGAAAUUGAUCAACAUGUAUUUGAGGAAUGUACAAGAUAUUUAUUUGGAAACCAAGCAUAUAUCUUAUUCACAAUUGAUAAACUCAUGUUGGCUAUCAUGCGACAGCUUCAUUAUAUAGUAACUGACCCAAAAGCGCAAGAAUUAUUGUCAUUCUUUAAAAAGAAUCAUGAAUAUGAAAAGAUGAAACCCGAGUUGACACAAGCAUAUAGAUUAGAAGUGACUGAAGCCUUAGGAGAAGAUGAUGUAUUGUAUAAUUUAGCAUUUGAUACCUUGAAUAGAACAUUAUCGAUUCAAUUAUUGGAAAAAGAGGACGAGACAUUUGAAUUGAAUGACAUUGAAAGUUAUACCGAAUAUGUUACAAAUUAUACCAGUUGGGACAUUGAUACUCCAGGUGUAAGUCUACAUACGGGUGAACGAUUAAAGGCCCUUAGAGCAUUAUUUCACUCAGAAGAUCAAGAUGUUGAUGCUUUUCUUAUUCCUUCAGAAGAUGCUCAUCAAAGCGAAUAUAGUGCUGAUUGCGAUUUAAGACGUGCUUGGAUUUCGGGAUUUAAUGGUUCUGCAGGAUUCGCUAUUGUUUCCAAGGAUGAAGCUGUCUUGUUUACAGAUGGUAGAUAUUUUUUACAAGCUUCAGAACAAUUAGAUGAAAACUGGGUCUUGAUGAAACAGGGACUUCCUGGUGUACCUACAUGGCAAGAAUAUCUUGUUAAUAAACUCCCUGCAGGUUCUCGUAUUGGUCUAGACGCAACUUUGAUUACAGCCUCAGAUGCACAUGACCUCCAAGCUCGCCUUGAUACCGUUCAAUCACAGCUUGUUCCUAUAAAGCGUAACUUGGUUGAUAUUGCAUGGGCGAAUGAAAGACCAUUACCUCCUUAUGAUAAAGUGUUUAUACAUCCAAUUGAAUAUGCAGGUGAAUCACAUCAUGACAAGUUAGAUAAAUUACGCCAACAUCUAAAGAAGAAUAAUAGAUAUGGUGUUAUUAUAUCUGCACUUGAUGAAGUUGCUUGGUUGUUCAACUUGAGAGGAUCUGAUGUGGAUUGUAAUCCAGUAUUUUAUGCUUAUGCUCUUAUUACUCAAGAGGAUAGCAUUUUAUACAUUAAUUCAGAAAAACUAACAACAGAUGUGCUUCAACAUUUAGAAGGCAUUAUUAUCAAGACUUAUGAUGAUGUCUUUAAUGAUUUAAGACAAUUGAAGAAUACAUUAUCUUUAGUAAAUCAAAAGAUACUUAUUGAUAACAGUACAAGUUUAGCUAUUGAAGAGGCUAUCGGUUCUGAGUUUGUUUAUGAAGAAAGAUCGUUUGUCAAUGAUGCAAAGGCUAUUAAAAAUGAAAGAGAAUUAAAGGGUAUGCGUGAGUGUCAUAUUCGUGAUGGUGCUGCUUUAGUUCAAUUCUUCGCUUGGUUAGAGAAGGAAUUAGUAUCAGGUAAAGAAAUAGAUGAAGUUCAAGCAGCUGAUCAUCUCGAAAAACUACGUGCAUCUCAGUCAGAUUAUGUUGGCCUUUCCUUCCCUACCAUCUCUUCAACGGGGCCUAAUGGUGCUAUUAUUCAUUAUGAACCUGAAAGAGGAAAUUGUAAAAUGAUUGAUCCUAAUCAAAUUUACCUCUGUGAUUCUGGUGCUCAGUAUAAGGAUGGUACGACUGAUGUUACUCGUACUUUACAUUUCGGUACUCCUACACAAUACGAAAAAGCUUGCUUUACUGCAGUUUUACAAGGUCAUAUUGCAUUAGAUACCGCUGUCUUUCCUACAGGUACUACGGGUUAUCUUUUAGAUCCAUUUGCUCGAAUGCCAUUAUGGAGACAAGGCUUAGAUUAUCGACAUGGUACUGGUCAUGGUGUAGGCUCUUUUCUGAAUGUACAUGAAGGACCCCAUGGUAUUGGUGUACGAGCUCCUUAUAAUAAUACACCUUUAGCAGCAGGCAUGACUGUCACUGAUGAACCAGGAUAUUAUGAGGAUGGUAAAUUUGGUAUUCGUAUUGAGAAUAUAUUGAUUAUUCGAAAUGCAGAUACACCAAAUAACUUUGGUGGUUGCAACUAUUUAGAAUUUGAACAUGUUACAAUGGUGCCUAUUGGUUUAAAUUUGAUUGACGAAAGUUUACUUUCUUCAGCUGAAAAGCAAUGGAUCAAUGACUAUCAUGCUGAAUGCUACGAGAAGCUAAGUCCAUUAAUUGCUUCUGACCCUGAUGCUAUUGCCUGGCUUAAAAAAGAAACUCGUCCAUUAUAA